AUGCUGCAACAGCAGAAGAUGCAGCAGGAGGAGCAGCAUCAGUUGCUGCCGCAGCCGCAGCAAGAACAGCAGCAACAGCAGCAGCAACAACAGCAGCAGCAGCAACAGCAGCAGCAACAACCUGCUGACGCUCACGCUGCAUCUCCUGAGACUCCCCUUUCUAUUCCUGGAAACCAUUUGCUGCUGGUUGUGAAUGGCUCUAUUGAAUCUGUUCAUCUGUGGGGAAAUCGAAGAGGCGUCGUCUGUCGCUACGCUAUGGUAGUAGGCAGCGACUGGGCCCAUACUUGGGGCCUGGCUGGGGGUUUAACCCAACAAGGGCGCUGCUCACCCUAUACUGCAGAAGCUGUUUUUAACUUCCCCUUUCAUGCUGCAUUCAAGGGGACGUCUCCUUACGGUUGGCCUCGGAUGGCGUUUUGUGUGUAUGGAAGAGACUGCCGGGGCGGUGAGAAGAGCAGCAAACACUGCAGCAGCAGCAGCAGUAGCAGCAGCAAUAGCAGCAGCACCAGAAACAACAACACCUACAGCAAUAACGGCAACACCAGCAGUAGCAGCAGCAACAACACCAACAGCAACAACAGCAGCAGCAGCAACAGCAGCAGCAGCAACAGCCGCAGCAACAGCAGUCGCAGGUGCAUUGAGUAUGGAUAG